CCGCGCACGCGUGUUGUUGUACCUGAGGCAGGAAGCGGUGGUUGGGUGGUGGUGAGUGGGCAGCGAUGGCUAGGCCGCAGCACUCGGAGGGUAACGGCAGGGAUGAGCACGUGAGGGUCAGGUCUCACAGAAAGCCAGGCUUCCUGGAUCGUCUCAGUGAGACCACUGGGGGGAUGGUGAUGGGACUGGUGGCCUUCAUUCUCUCCUUCUACCUCCUCUUCACCAAUGAGGGAAGAUGUGUCAGAACUCAGAGGUCCCUGGAUGAGGGCCUUUCUCUUGUCGUUUCCUUGAGUGACAUCUACAGUCCAAUGCCACACAAUAACCAGAAACUUGUGCACCUGUCUGGACCUCUGAUGACAAUGCAGCCCCUUUACGAUCCAAACUAUGGCAUCACGCUGCACGUGGUGAAGCUACAACGACGAGUGGAGAUGUACCAGUGGGUGGAGUUUGAAGACUCGAGGGAAUACGAAGAGGGAGGUGAAAAGAAGACCGAGACCAGAUACUCGUACAGUACUGAGUGGAGAUCCGAGGUUGUCAACAGUAGGAACUUUGAUCGGGAAAUUGGGCACAAAAAUCCGAGUUCCAUGGCCGUUGAAUCAUUCACGGUGGUGGCUCCGUCUGUUGACCUGGGAAACUUUCACCUCUCUAAAGGACUAAUUGAGAAAGUGCAGACCUUUAAGAGGAUUCCAUUGUCCAAGUUUGAGCCCCCCCAUGCCGACAUCACUGUGCUAGAUGAUUACUUCUACCACAGCAGCAACGCCCGGAGCCCAGAGGUUGGCGAUGUGCGUGUGUCCUUCUAUUACGCAGGGCUGAGUGGUCAGUGGUCCUUCCUUGGACGUCCAGAUGUGGUGACCAUUGUGGCUCGUCAGGAGACCAACAUGCUGGGUGCGUACCAGACCAAGGCGGGGAACGUUCUAGAACUAUUGUAUGAGGAGCAACUCUCAGCAACGGAAGUGUUUGAGAGGGAGCACGCUGCCAACUCUGCCCUGACGUGGGCUCUGCGCUUUGGCGGCUGGCUCCUCAUGUUUGUCGGCAUCAAGCUGAUGACCCGGAUCCUUUACACUGUCGUGGACUGGGUACCCAUCCUCCGUGACGUGGUGAGCCUAGGUUUGACGGUAUUUGCACUCUCUGUGGCCACUUCCUUGACCCUGCUCACGAUGGCCGUGGGCUGGAUCUUCUACCGGCCCUUGCUGGCCGCACUGUUGGCACUCCUGGCCACUCUGCCCAUCCUGAUGGCGAAGUUCCGAGACCGGCCCAAGAUGUUGUGAGCCCAACGAACAGAGAGGGUGAGCGGCUGCUGUCCAUCAGCACGCCCCCUUUGCUGUUGUCCCCUCCCUCACUGGACGAUCCCUGUAAACAGUAUCACUGCAGAAACCUGACCACCUGUAGCCUGUUCCCCGAGCUUCAGUCCAGUGCGGUGCCGGGGGUUAAGAUGUCUACAAUGAACUCUGUUCACUGGGGACCAGUCUCCUGCUGAUGCCCACACACAGCCCUCCUGGGGCAUCGGCUGCCAACAGAGGCUCACCAGAGUCCUCUGUCAAAUUAUCUCCAGGUACAGUAAGCACAUCUUUGAAGACCUUUCCUCUCCCGGCAAUGAGGUCAUUGGAGCUUCAGCUGCUGUUUCUGUGACUGUGUUUUAGGGGAUGGGGUUGCUAGCCCUGUGUCUAACCCUCCUCACUUUGCAGCCGGGUUUGGGACCGUCAACAUCAGAGUUUACAGAGAAUCUGGUACCAUUUGAUUCCAGUUCCAGUUCUGCUUAGGGUGGGAUUGUGAUAUCUUCUAGGCAACUUUCUUAAUAAAAGUAUUGAAUCCAU